AUGGUGCUAAGACAGUGUGUAUCUUGCAACUCAACGGUAACUAUUCACUGAAACUAAUAAUUAUAAUAGCAUUUUUCGGGGUCGCGCGAUGAAUGGUCGUGGAUGUCUUGACCAUGAGUCAGUAAUCGUAGAAGUUAGGAGCUGAACAUGUAUCUGAUGUAACUUCAGAAGCAACAAACUCUUAUAUGACUAGCGCAAAUUUAAUGCUUUUUAUUGAUUUAUCUAAUGAAAAGAAGUAAGAGGACCAUCACAGAGGAGUUAGAUUAGUUGCGUCAAAGAGUGAUAGUUACCAGGAGAAUAUAGUUUCCUAAUUCUUCAGCAGUUUCUCCAUCUUGUCGGCGGUUUCUUAUAAAUGUUUGAGAAAUUCCUUUGAAAUUUGGGACAAAUAUAACCAUGCACAUAUAAGAUAAUCGAGAAAUCUGAGAGAUGCUGACUGUUUGUGUUUGGCGUUCUGCGUUCUAUAGUCGGUUACGGUUGAGUGGCCCUCGGGUAAUUGUUCGGUAUUUACUGCAGUCUAAUUUGAUUGUCAAUUUUAAAUUGUCGUUACAUGUUCAAUUUUUUUCGUUUCCAAAUUCUCUACUAAUUCGGCUUGACAACGAUGUCUUUUAUCUAGAAAACACAUAGGAGCAAGCUAUUCACAGCCGUGAAGUCAUGACUGUUAAAAGAAAUACAGCACGUGGCGAGUCACGCGGCUAAAAAUUCCCCAGCUGAUUCACGCGCUCUACUCGAGAAAAUGUAGCGAAGGGUAUAAGUUACUGAUCGUUACUAGUAGUCGCUCUGAGAACACUUUUUGAUCUCGGGCAAGGCUUAAGGAAGAAACGAAAAAAAUUCAGCCAGUUCUGCGUUGGGCAUUUUUUGAACUGCUGCUAGAGCCUCCGCUUUCGAAAGUGGGUAUCCUUUUCAAAGAGAGUAGAGCGACAGGGACCAGCCCGACAUGUGCGUUUUUGCGAAGUGGUCUGCUUACGAGGUGUCCGUUAAGAGGAAAUGGUUGACAGUAUUGCAACUGAUUUCUGGACACUGGUCUUGUGAUAGCCUGGGACUAGGCUCCGCAGUGAGGGAAAAAGGCAAAAAACCGCCGCCCCUUUUCCCUCCCCAGACUACCUCCCGGAUUUUUUUUUCGCCAACCCCGACUAUUUUUCCUUUUCCCCCCAAUGCAAGGCCUGGUCCCAGGCUAGUCUUGUGAUAACAUUUUUGGAACCCCAAGCCCCUCUCUGGACACUUUCGGACUGGGCGACUAUUACAGUGCUAGCAUUUUCGUCUCUUUGCUCUUUCGCCCGAGUCUCGCCUUUGGAGACAGCAUGCCGCCUCUCUAAAAAGUCUUUCUAUCAAGCGAACAUACUGUUGUUCAGACAUUUUCUAUGACUGGCUUUACGCCUGACACCUCCCUCAGUAAGAUCGACACUCGGUGCCGGUCCCAACAGGGAGUUAAUUCAAAUGUAUUUACUUCAUUUCCCUUUUGUUAGAUUUUAGGAACUUUGCCGUUAUGCGAAUGUGGCCGCGUUUUUGAAGACAUUCGGCAAGUAGGGGGGAAAAGAUUUUCAAGUAAGUAUCAAGCGCCCCACCACUUGUUCUAUGACCACUUCUUCUUUUAAGGGCGCAGCGCGUGGCCGAGCGGUUGGAGGGCUGGAGUUGUAAUCCGGAGGUCCUGUAUGUAACCGCUAGUUGGAUUUGUCCACGUAACUCACGGUAGUCCCCCGAGUUUAACUCUUAGGUCACGCUUGUAAAUAGCCAAGUGGUUUGCCUCCGACCAGUUGGGAUUCUUAACCUUGCUAUAGUUAGGGUUAGGGUUAGAAUAAAUACUACCAGUAGCCAGUAAUUGUGUUACCACUAUAAACUCAAUUUUUGUCUUUCCUCAUCUUAACUUCGCGUGACUGAGUGGUAGGCAAGGAAGCGUACAAUCUAAAGUGUAUUUACUGAUUUUGAUGCCAACUCGCUAUUUUUGUCCAAAUUUCCGCCAACAAAGUAGGCAAUAUCAGCACACCAGUGCACUGACCACUCUUUUUUUUAUGCCCGUCACCCAGUUGGGGAGGAGUAUCUGGUGCAGGCCAAAAGAAGUUCUUGGCAAGUAUUUUUUACAGAGAUCUGUUUCGCUGUAAAUUUUUAGAAUAUCGUGCAGACCUGUACACGAAGCUGGAAACUAAACGAUUGAAGGGCAAUGAAAGGGAGAAGAAAGUGCUAGGUGGUGACUCGGAUUCUGCUGAUGAACACCGGAAGCAGGUAACGCAACAUGUUUAUGUCACGGUUGUGCUCGGAAACUACCUUACUUAGCAUUGGCGAUUUUCCUACAUUGCAAAUGAUUUUGUGUAUUCUUACAGAUCGUAUUUCAACCUAAACGGAUCCCUCCUAGUGUAUCAUUACGUACCAAAACUCGAAGAAGUAAAAGAAAAAGAAAAACACAUAUAAAGUCUUCGCUGGAGGAUCACAAUGUAAGGACACUUUCUCUGUUCCAGUCCCCUGAAGAGGAAGCCGCACGUCUUUCACGAGCUCUUCAAGAAAUAAACAGGAGGAUCAUGGGACAGUCUAUGGUGUGGUUGAAUUCUUUGUAG